AUGGAAACAUUAGAGGAGUUGCCUAAUGGAAAGCAACAGGGUGAAAGAUGGGCGGAUUAUGGUCAUGAGAUAAAAAAGGUGACUGUUAUUGCACUGCCGAUGGUGGUGGUGGCUUUGUUGCCAUACCUAAUGCAAAUGGUGGCGGUGAUAAUGGUGGGACAUGUUGAUGAACUAUCCCUAUCUAGCCUCGCCAUUGCCACCUCCCUAACUAAUGUCACUGGUUUUAGUCUUCUUUCAGGUCUUGUGGGAGGACUCGAGACCCUUUAUGGGCAAGCUUUUGGAGCCAAACAAUAUAACAAAAUCGGCGGCUACACAUGCAGUGCAAUAAUCUCAUUGCUAUUCGUUUGCAUCCCAAUCUCCAUCUCCUGGAUUUUCAUCGAUAAGUUCUUGAUUUUAAUCGGACACGACCCUUUGAUCUCACAUGAAGCAAGAAAAUAUUCCAUAUAUCUUAUUCCAUCUUUGUUUUCCGGUGCAAUUGUGAAGCCUCUUGUUAGAUUGCUCCAAUCACAGAGUCUGACUAUGCCAUUGCUCGUGAGCUCUACACUUGUUUUAUGUUUCCAUGCCCCUCUUUGUUGGGGUUUGAUCUUCAAGUUAAAGAUGGGCAGCGUUGGUGCUGCUACAGCGUUUAGUUUGUCAAAUUGGUUCUAUUUGAUGUUGAUGGUGUUUUAUUUCAAAUUCUCAUCGUUGUGUAAGAAUGUUGGUGUGACUUUCUCCAUGGACGCACUUGUAGGUAUGAAGGAAUUCUUCUGGUUUGCUAUCCCAUCGGCCGUAAUGGUUUGCUUAAAAUGGUGGUCACUUGAACUUCUUGUCUUAAUAUCUGGCUUAUUACCAAAUCCACAACUCGAAACAUCACUUCUUUCCAUAUGCUUAACUAUCUCCACGCUACACUUCACUAUACCCUAUGGGUUUGGAGCAGCCGCUAGCACUCGGGUUUCAAAUGAGAUAGGGGCUGGAAACCCACAAGCAGCCCGUUUAGCUGUUUGUAUAGUGAUGUUUCUAGCUGUUAUUGAAGCCAUAAUAGUAAGCACCAUGGUUUUCAGUUGUCGCCAUUAUCUUGCAAAUGCUUUUAGUAACAAAAUGGAAGUAGUAAGUUACGUUGUAUCAAUGAGUCCUUUCAUAGCUCUCUCGAUCAUAACAGAUAGCCUACAAGCAGUGAUUUCUGGAAUCGCUAGGGGAAGUGGGUGGCAACAUAUAGGAGCUUAUGUGACUCUGGUGGCAUUUUAUUUGUUUGGGAUGCCAACAGCCACUGUUCUUGGGUUCCCUUUACAUUUGAAAGCAAAGGGACUUUGGAUUGGGAUCGUGAUUGGAUCUAUAAUACAGUCCGGGAGUCUGUUAUUGGUUACUAGACUCACGGAUUGGCAAAAACAGGCAAUAAAGGCGAAUGAACGAAUCUCGAAAGUAUCAUAUCGGUACACAAUUAGAGAUAUAGAUAUAAAAGAAUGUGUGCCCAAAGAAAUGCAUAUGGUUUUGUAA